UCUUUUUUUGUUUUUGUUUUGCUGUCGCAAUUAUUGAGGUGAUGUAUUUCAUAUUUUCAUACUGUAAUCGUAAUCCCCAGAGAGAACAAAAAUCGACCACUUCUUAAUGCGUGGCCUACUAUUAUGAUCUCAUUCUCAUGUGGAUAAGCAACGCCACUGACCCCUUCAAAAAAAAAAAAAAAGCAACGCCACUGACCCCUUAAUUUCAUAAACCAAAAGUCCAAAACCCAAAAACAGCAGCAGCUCUCUCUGUUUUUGUUUCAAUAGCAGGAAUCGCAGAACAUGGCAACCCCAAAAUCCUUAUGUUUUGCUUGAUAUAUGGAGUCCCGCAGGCUUUCCAUUCUCUGUUCCCAUCUCCGCCCCGGUUCGGGUCCCGCCCCGACCCGACAGAUUCUCGUUUCCAGGUCCAUUUGUGAUGCUAACCAGCGACCUAGUGAUUCCGACGAGGGAAGUGACCAAAACGACUGCGUUUUCUGCAAAAUCAUACGCGGUGAAUCCCCUGCUUUCAAGAUUUACGAGGAUGAUGUUUGCCUAUGUAUAUUGGACACACAUCCGCUGAGUCGUGGGCAUUCUCUUAUCAUCCCAAGGUCUCAUUUUCCUUCACUGAAAGCAACACCUCCAGAUGUGGUGGCUGCAAUGUGUUCAAAAGUGCCCUUUAUCAGCAGUGCAAUCAUGAAAGCUACUGGUUCUGAUUCAUUCAACUUGUUAGUUAACAACGGUACAGCUGCAGGCCAAGUUAUAUUUCAUACUCAUAUUCACAUAAUUCCGCGCAAGGCCCUUGAUUGCCUAUGGGCUUCUGAGAGUUUACGGAGGCGGCCCCUGAACAUAGACCAGGAAGCAUCUCGACUUGCAGACCAUGUUCGAGAGCAACUAUCAUUAUCAGUCAACUCUAAAGAUAUCAAAAAUGAAGGAUCUAGUCUUACCGGAAACUAGAUGCAUAUUGCAUUUCUGUUGUAAUCUAAACCGUACAAUGUCUAUGCCUUACUUCAAUUCUUCAAAUUCAGCAUUACUCGCACAAAUUUCUGGUUUCAUCUGUGGGACGCAGAAUCAGCGACACCGGCUUAUAGUUUUCGCCUUCGGAGCCCUCCCUCCCCUUCCUAUUGUAACAUGCAAAACAUAGUUGAGAAAUGGACUCUGGACAUCUGGCUACUUGCAUUGCAUA